AUGGUUCACUUCACCACUAUCGCCCUGGCAUUGGCCAGUGUUCUUCCUCAACUGACCCAAGGGGCUGGCUUGAAUGCUGCUGCUGUCGCAAAGGGAAAGCUAUACUUUGGAUCAGCCACUGAUAACGGCGAGUUGACUGAUGCUCCAUACCUUGCCCAAUUGAGCAACAAAGAGGACUUCGGUCAAAUUACUCCUGGCAAUGCGCAGAAGUGGGAGUCAAUUGAGCCCUCUCCAAACUCCUUCUCAUAUGCCAAAGGCGAUGUCAUUGCCGACCUUGCUGCUAAAAACGGCCAAAAGCUGCGAUGCCACACUUUGGUUUGGCAUAGCCAAUUGCCCAGCUGGGUCUCAAGCGGCACCUGGACCAACGCAACUCUGAUUGCCGCCAUGAAGAACCACAUCUCCAACGUGAUGACCCACUACAAGGGGAAAUGUUAUGCUUGGGAUGUCGUUAACGAAGCUCUUAACGAGGACGGCACCUAUCGCGACAGUGUCUUCCUCAAGCACAUCGGCGAAGCAUACCUCCCCAUCGCAUUCGCAGCCGCAGCCGAAGCAGACCCAACUGCCAAGCUCUACUACAACGACUACAACAUCGAAUCACCCGGUGCGAAGUCAUCCGGCGCCCAAAGAAUCGUCAAGCUCGUGCAGCAGUACGGAGCCAAGAUCGACGGUGUCGGUCUCCAGGCACACUUCAUCGUCGGAAGUACCCCUAGCCAGAGCGCGCAGACUACCAACUUGGCCGCGUUCACAUCCCUGGGAGUCGAAGUCGCCUAUACCGAACUUGAUAUUCGUAUGACUCUGCCAUCAACUGCUGCCCUGCUUGCCAAGCAGUCCUCCGAUUACCAAAAUUCCGUUGCGGCCUGCAUGGCAAAUGACAAAUGUGUUGGCGUUACUAUUUGGGAUUACACUGACAAGUACUCUUGGGUUCCUAGCACAUUCCCUGGUGAGGGUGAUGCAUUGCCUUGGGAUGCGAAAUUGGUCAAGAAGCCCGCCUACGCGGGUAUCAUGGCUGCUCUGGGUGGUUCGACUCCUGGCACUUCCACCACCACUACUCUGGUUACUACCACUACUACUUCCAGUGGUGGUGGUGCUACUGGAGCUCCUCUCUAUGGUCAGUGUGGUGGUAAGGACUGGACUGGAGCCAAGACUUGCGCCAGUGGAACCUGUAAAUAUGUCAAUGACUGGUACUCGCAGUGCCUGUAG